UUUUUCCCCUUUCCACCCAUUGUAUACAUCAUAUCAUAACAUGUAAUAACUCUAAAAAUAUCGUACAGGAAAGUCUGUUAUAAGAUAAAUACGACCUAAUUAGGCCUCAGUUUUAUACAACCAUUACUUGCGACACUAGUGGAUAUCCAGAGGAUUAAAAAAUAUGAAUUCUAAGAGCGCAAUUUUGCAGAAUAACUCCAGAAGAUCGAGCUAUGAUUCAGUAAUCAAGAAUAUUAAAUUAGAUACUUCUGCGAGUUUCGUUGAUGGCAAUAACAUCCCAAAGAAGUUUAUGGUCAUCAAAAAACCAGCAUCUGAUUUUUUAUAUCCUAAUUUUUGGGAAUUGAUAUGGAAGACUGAUAGCAGAGUGAUAGUGCGAUUUGACAAGGGUCAUUACAUAAGGCAAAAAUGGCUGAAUAGCGAUUCAACCUUGGCGUACACUGUCGGACAAUUCACUCUAUGGAAGAAGACUAUAACCGAUAAAUAUUACACUCAGAUAACCUUGACGGUGAAAAACAACAAAGAAAAUAAGUCAAGGAAGAUAACGCAUUAUCAAUACCAUGAAUUUCCUGAUCAACAGACACCUUUUUACUCUGCACAGCUGAUAUCUUUUUGGAAGAUUGUGAACAAAAAGUAUGAAGGCACAAUUUCAUCGGAACAAAAGGAAAGUGAAAUGUGCCCAAUUGUGAUGUACAGCGCCACGCGGUUUGAAAGGUUGGUGUCGAUUUGUGCGAUUGACAUCUGCUUGGACCAGUUGACAGAGGAGCAACCAGUUUCGGUGUCUAACACCAUUUUGGAUGUUAAGUAUCAAGUGUCCUUUGAAUCUAUCAGCACGGAAAAACAAGCAUUCAUUGAUAAAACCGUGCAGCAUAUCAAAGGCGCGUUCCUUUGGAAGAAAGAACAAGAUGACAGCGACCCCAGUAAUGUGUCUUUUAGAGAUCGUGUUCGGAAGUAUUGUUUACUUUUCAAACGACCAUCUGUUUUUUGA